AUGUCAUUCUUCUUCAAAUAUUCUGCAGUUCUGUGGAUCAUCAAGGCGCAUGAGCGUCAUUACAGAUUGAAGAGAGAGGAGAAGAAGGCAUUUAAGUCUCAAAUACACUUCAUGAUUCAGAAUAUUGAGAAGGCAGCCCUGCUCUCUGAGCAUGCUAAUCUGCUUAUCACUGAAGUGGAACCUGAGACAGCAGAUCAGAAAAUGCAGGAUUUGAAGGUACAGGUUGACCUGACUGAGAGAGAGCAGCAGAAACUCUUCUCUGAGAAGACAGUGAAGAGAGAUUUUGAGAUGAUUAUCACCUCAGAUGAGAAGGAGAAGAAGAAGAAGAAGAAUGAGAAGUGA